GGGAGCGCCGCAGCGGGGCGGCAGCGGUGGUGGUUGGUGCUGUGGGGGUCGCAAUGGAGCACAUCCGCACCACCAAGGUAGAGCAAGUGAAAUUACUAGACAGGUUCAGCACCAGCAAUAAGUCACUAACAGGAACUCUAUACCUUACAGCAACUCAUCUGUUAUUCAUAGAUUCAAGCCAGAAAGAGACCUGGAUAUUACAUCAUCACAUUGCUGCAGUGGAAAAACUUCCCUUGACUACUUCUGGCUGCCCCCUUGUGAUCCAGUGUAAGAACUUUAGGAUUGUUCACUUUGUUGUUCCCCGAGAGAGAGACUGUCAUGACAUCUAUAACUCCUUGCUUCAGCUGUCAAGAACAGCACAAUAUGACGAGCUAUAUGCCUUUUCCUAUAAUCCAAAACAAAAUGCAUCUGAACAAGUCAAAGGCUGGCAGCUUAUUGAUCUAGCAGAAGAAUAUAAGAGAAUGGGAGUGCCAAAUGCCUAUUGGCAGUUGUCCGAUGCGAAUCGUGAUUAUAAGAUUUGUGAAACCUAUCCUAAAGAACUUUAUGUUCCCAGAACUGCAAGCAAACCUAUAAUUGUUGGUAGCUCCAAGUUCAGAAGCAAAGGAAGAUUCCCAGUGUUGUCUUAUUACCAUAAAGAUAAAGAGGCUGCAAUUUGCAGAUGCAGUCAGCCUCUCUCAGGUUUCAGUGCCAGGUGCCUGGAAGAUGAACACAUGUUGCAAGCAAUCAGUAAAGCAAAUCCUUCAAAUCGCUUCAUGUAUGUCAUGGACACCAGGCCAAAGCUUAAUGCAAUGGCAAACAGAGCUGCUGGGAAGGGCUACGAAAAUGAAGACAACUACUCUAACAUUAGGUUCCAGUUUGUUGGAAUUGAAAAUAUUCAUGUAAUGAGAUCCAGCUUACAAAAACUGUUGGAAGUCAGUGGUACAAAGGGUUUAUCUGUCAACGACUUCUUGUCUGGUUUGGAGAGUUCUGGAUGGCUGCGUCAUAUCAAAGCUGUGUUAGAUGCUGCUGUCUUCCUAGCCAAGGCAAUAGCAGUUGAGAGUGCCAGUGUAUUAGUGCACUGCUCAGAUGGCUGGGAUAGGACUUCCCAAGUUUGCUCCCUUGGAGCUCUCUUACUAGAUUCUUAUUACAGAACAAUUAAAGGAUUCAUGGUCUUGAUAGAGAAAGACUGGAUCUCUUUUGGGCAUAAAUUCUCUGACAGAUGUUGUCAGCUGGAUGGUGAUCCUAAAGAAAUCUCACCGGUAUUCACCCAAUUUUUAGAAAGCGUGUGGAAUCUGACUGAGCAGUUUCCCCAAGCCUUUGAGUACAAUGAAGCUUUCCUUCUUCAGAUCCAUGAACAUGUCCAUUCAUGUCAGUUUGGAAACUUCCUUGGGAACUGCCAAAAAGAGCGAGAAGAACUGAAAUUUAAAGAGAAGACAUAUUCCUUGUGGCCAUUCCUUCUGGAUGAGCAAAAAAAAUAUCAAAAUCCUUUGUAUAAUCCAGAUAUUUUUCCAGAGCUAACUCUUUUGGAGCCUAACACAGUGUCUUUCAACUUUAAGUUUUGGAGAAAUAUGUACCAUCAGUUUGAUCGAAGUAUGCAUCCCAGGCAGUCUGUGUUGGAUCUUAUCAUGAACAUGACUGAACAAAAUAAACAACUGGAGAAAGACAUUAAAGAACUGGAAGCUAAAAUAAAGCGGAGAAACAUUCAGUCAGAUGCAUUUCUUGUGAAGGAACCUUUGCAGUCUGCCCCUCCUGCACCUAUGGCACUGAAAACCUCUCCACGCUUCAAGAAAGAGCAGCAGUCACUGAUGCCUGUGAAUGACUCUCUAAGAACUAUAGAGGGCAGCAACACAGCAGACAAUCGCUACAGUGAAUUCAUGGAAGAGUUCUCAAAAGCUGAGCCUGCUGUUGUCAGCUUGGAGUAUGGAGUGGCCAGGAUGACCUGUUAAUUGAGAUCUAGCACAAGGCUCCUCUUUUCUAGACUGAAAUAAAAGAUGGAUUAUUGUGAGGAUGGGUCUGUGCUGCAUGACCAAAACCUGAUUUGUUUAUUGGCAAAUUUUGUUAAUGUAGGCUAGAACAGCAUGCUAAUUGUCAAGUGUUUGCUGUUCUCUUAACAACACAAGUGUAGCUGUAUUUGAAAGAGGCAUUUGGUAAGUAGUGACUAAAGAAGUGAUAUGUCUUUGGACUUGCAUCAGUUUGCACUAAAUGGGUUAAGAUAGUAAUGUUUCUUAUAAUAUUCAGUAUAGGAAAGCACAGGUGGUCUUUCACAACUUGAUUUUAUUUAGGCAAGAGAAUUUGCACUUUCUAAUUUAGGAAUUGAAGCUACAUGUAUAUAUUGCAUAUGACAUAAAUAUGUAUACCCUUGUUUAAUGUCACCCACUACUAAAUUUCAGUGUGUUAAGUGCCAUGAAAAAGUACAACGUAUUUCAAAUCAUAACUAGCUGGCCUUAAACCUAUUGAUCAGUAAUAUUCGUGUCCUUGACUACUGCAGCCUUUAACUAGACUGGUUCUAUUGUACUUGCUCAAAUUUGUUCCUUCCUUAAAGCAGAACUGGUUCUAGGGAAUUAAGCCUGCCCAAGCUAGUGCAACCCAAAAGCAAAUAGCUAUACGAAUGUUAACUUUCUUUUUUUUCUCCAAUUGCUUUGUUGUUUAAAAUAUAAGUGGGUCAGAUCUUGCAGCUUAGGCUGGCUGAGCUUCAGUGAGGCUAUAAUUCAUGUGUGUUUGCUUAAGCAUUGAUAUUUAACAGUGAAGAGUAAGGAGUAAAGCACAUCAUUUAAAAAACAACAACAAAAAUCCUAUAGCCAACACCGAACUGUUAAAUUUUCUUCAGGCUGUUUUACUGUUCUGUGCAAUUGUUUGGGUUACAAGAAGAGAAGCAAAAGAUCUAGGAGUGUAGUCUGAUGAUGACUGUCUGCAGAUAAGUGAGACUUUUUUUCUUUUCUUUUUUUGUCUGAUGCUUGUGAGAAACUGAGUGCUUCCGAACUAAAUCUUUCAUUGGGGAAAAAAUUUCAAUUGUUAGUGAAGUCUCCUGAGAGAGAGAUCUUUCUAUAUUGUAAAACUUCUGACUUGCACUUCUUUUAAACAUUUUCAGUGCAAACUGGAAAUUCUUUUUUUGUAAUUUGAGAGGACAAAACUGCUUCUGGCAGGAUGCAGUAGAAAUCCUGGGACAUGAAAGAACUUGGAGUAUCCAAGCUUAAUUCUCUAGUGUAUCCUGGUAAGGGAAAUGGUUUUGUCAAAGUCUGCCUCCUGUGAUAGAUUUUUCUGGGCAAUAACAUUUGAAAUCAGAAUAGGGAAGUAAAAAUGAGUGCCUGGUUUUCAAGUAGUCGUAUAAAUUACAAGUAUAGGUAUUAGGAUCCCUAGUAUGGUGUUAGAUUAAUGCUACCAGUUUUAUCUCAGAGUUAAAUUUUUUUGUUUUUUAUUUUUAUUCUUUUUUGUGAAAUGAGUUUGUCAUCCUAAUCCCUGAAGUCUGUGCUCUAUUAAAACUGCUGGUGCACCACAUACAACUUGACAUAAUUGGCAGCAUUUCUCUCUGCCCCAAAUUAGAUCAGGACUCUGUUAACAAGGCCAGUCGUAGAACAUGGUCAGUUUGCACUUUUGAAGCCAUCUGGGAGAAAUUAACAAUGACCCCUAUAUUUAGGGAGUUUUAAUUGCCCAUUUCACAAUUUUUUUUAAAAGCCUAUAAAUGUAAAUAAAGAUUCAUAAAAGUCAUUUUAUUCCUGAAGAGAUGAGAGUAAUGUCAUGUUUAAAGUACAGUCAUUAUCCUGCCAUUUAAACACAUUUAGACUUUAUUUUUCCACAACAGGUUUUGAUUGAGUUUCACAUUUCCACGUGUGGUGCCUUACAGAGUUGCAGCAAGAGAGGUUUUUGUGCCUUGUUGUUUGCUGUCUCCCUCCUCCCCUUACCUUCUAAAUCAGCUUAGUUCUGUGGUUUUCCUUUGCAAAACAUAUUGUGUAGGAAGCUGCUUGUGUUUUAUCACACUAGUGAAACAAACUUAUCACUGAUAGUAUAGGUAUUACCACUUUACUUGUUUGUCUUCAAUAUUAAACUGCUCUGCUGUGUCAUGUACACUGUUUUUCAUAUUUAUUGUUUAGAGUUUAUGGACUGAAAAUAUUAUAUUAAGCUUGUUUGCAAGUAUUGUGGUGGUUUUUUCUUUUUUUUCCUUUAAAAGCCUUAUAAUAUAGGGAUAUUCAGUUGUUCAAAGAGAAGAUUCGUUUCUUUUCAGUAGUGUUAAAGUGUGUGUGUUUUGGUCUCCAUGCCCUUUUAAUUGGAAAAGUUCACUUCUUAGUAACAAAAAAGAACCAGGAUUCUAUUCUAUUUUAAAUCAAGGCAGACAUCUUAAGCCAGCUCAAAAAUGUCAUUAAAAAGUAUCUGCUCAGGCACAAAAUGCACUUUGUCAAAAAUAGUACACUUCCUGUUCAAAGCAAAUAUCUUCAGUGAAUAAAGGAAUAGAGUUUUAUAAGGUUGUUCCAUAGAGCAGCUUGCUUAUAAAGUGCAGACAGCUCUGCCAAUUCAGCCCCCAGGGUCACUAAUGAGAGAAGUUCCUGCAGAGAGCCAGCUGUCUCUUUUCAUUUGCUAUUUAGACUUAAGCCAAAACUACCUAACGCACAUGGGACCUGUGGCAAAGUAAAUAGAUGGUAGCAAAGUGAGCUCCAGCAUGAAGCUUGGCAAGAUGACUGGGACUCAGCUCAGUAGGGACUGCUCUGUGCCCUUCAAGAAGUUUUUUUUUAUUAUUAUUAUUUUUUUUAAAAAAAAGCUGUGGUAGAAGUCUUCUGGGAGGGGGGAAAAAGAAAACCCUUAUUUCACUGCAUGGAUGUUUCUUUACUCUUGAAAUAUUUAUAAUUGCAAUAGUGAAAGGUGCCUAUUGCAGCUUGACAGUGCCCAGAAUUCAUUCCCUUUUAAGCUGUGGCCUUACAGCUUUUGGUGCACUGACCAGUUUGUUGGACUGAAAUGUCCCAGGUAUUAAGUUGCUAUAGCUGGUUCCAUUUCAUUUGUUGCAAGAUUUUGUGGCACCUCUCAAAUCUGUGUUGCAUAUUGAGGUGGUGUGGGUAACAUCGUUGGGUUUGAAGUUCUGUGCUAUGACUUUUUUUUUUUUUUUUUUUCUGAGUGCUGCAGAAGAGAGAUUAUUCCUUUCAGAUGACAAAACUGUUACCUGAGCAACUAAAACUACUUUCACUUUGUACUCCAGGCAGUAUUAAAUGUUUAUUUCAAAGUAUGCUGGCACAGGAGUUGAGUUCAUUUUGGGGGAAGUUAGCUAUUGCGGUGAUGUCUUCUUUAAUAUAAGUUUAAAUAUCCAACUGUCCUGUUCAGUAGGACAACUGCCAAAUCAACAGACUAAGAAAUUAAUUAAGCAACACUGAACUGAGCAUGUAUGUUUUACACACGUCCAAUUACUAGUGACCUAAAUCUAAGGCAAAAGCCUGAAGUCUAGCAGGUCCGUUAGGAAAGUGGAGCAGCAGUCCUUCUGUAGAACUGCGCAUUCCUGUAUCUUACCUAGAGCAAACAUCCUAAUAUAUUAUGUUGAUUUAAAGGGGAAGUUACUACAAUAUCAAACUAAGUGGUUCAACAUGUCUGUUAAUAUAAACCCCCUGGUGACCUUUCAGGGAAUUUGAGGGAAAGGUGGUGGUCUUUCCCUGUAGUUUUCCAAAUGCCUUUUUGUCUGAUAAGACAAAACAUCAGCAGAGCUCUGAACUUGCUGCUCUCACAUUGGUAAACUGAGCGCAUAAUGACUGCACGGUUCUGCAGUCACCCAUGGUUCCUUAUGAAGGAGGAGAAUUAGUGCUGAGGUGGCUUGACUUAAGCACUAUCCUCUUAAGGAAGUGACAUAAAUAAUACAAAUAAAUUCCAUCUUAAGAAUACUAGAUAUCGAGAGGAUGGGCCGUGUGUUUUUGAAAGUUCUGCCCUCUUGGACAAGUAUGGCUAGAGCGAGGACAUCACAUAAAAAAUAAUUGCUUUCUAGUGAAUUUAAUAAUCUGACUUUCAAACUACGUCAUACCUCACCAGUGGUACUUCAGGUUCUGACCUAAAGAUCUAGUGAAGAGUGGUCUUGCAUACUCUGUAUUUAGCUGCUAAUAGUUCAAAACCUGUGACUGAUCAUGAACGUUCAGGAUUAGGUCUUUAGACUUGCCUGGAGGCUACCUUGACUCACUUCUACUGUUUAUGCUGCCCUCUGUUUCCUCUAGACGUUGCUUAUUGUAGUGCUUGAUACCUGUCUUUCAGAUAUAAUAGGCUUUCAAUGCCUUGGAUUUUCCGAAAACUGGGAGGUAUUACAGCCUCCUUCAACUAUUCUGAAGGCUUGGAUCAGCCUGAGUGAACAGUGAGGAUAUCCUUAUAUUUGAUCUUGUUAGCUUGGUACAUCUACGUGUUGAAAAGCAUUGGAAAUUUGAGCAGCAUCAUAGUUUAAUUGCAACUUCUGUAGGCGCAAUAGGUGAAAGAAAGGAUAUAGUUAGGACCCUUGUCCCAGUAUGUAGCAAGGAACAGGACCCUGCUGGGAUAUUACCCAUAAAAAUUAGAAGCAGCAGAGCUAUUUUGAUGUCCAGUAGCAGAGCUAAUUUGAUGUCCAGCAGCAGCUUGGGGACUUAAAGGUUAGAGCCCAGUUUUUCUGAGAUCAGUUUCCAGGCCCCAGAGAAUUCAGUGAGCUGUUCUAGUAAAAACACUUGUACCUGAGCAAUUCUACAUGAACAACACAUACGUUUUUAAAAGUCCCUUUUUUUUUUUUUUUUUUUUCUUCUGGUGUACUAGCUUCAAAUAAUGAAUGUUGUGGUGGUGACAUUGAAGUCAGGGUGCAGUAUUUUCUUGAAUCUUGUUUAUAGCUCUACUCGAGGUCAGUUAUGUACUAUUUGUAAUUAAGGUGGGUUGUAGUUUUGAUAUGUACUGUAAAAGCCUUUGUCGCCUUGAUGACAAGGCUAGCACGCACAUCUCUCUCCUAUUUCUGUAUAGAUCUUUACUGAAAGCUUUCCUUGUGAAGUUUUUCUAACUCUUCCCCAUAGUAGCAUUCCUAUUUAUUUAGCAUUACAUUUAGACCUGAUUGGUUUGCUUGUUUGUCUUACUGUUGUUCUUCAGUCAUAUAGCUCAUCUUUAUAGCUGUAUGUCAGUAACGUCCCUUGACAAACAUCUUUCCAUCAAAGAAAACGGGUUCGUCCUUUUUCUGGCUCUCAGGGAUUUUUACCCCUGAAAUAGUGAACUUGAAAAAUACUGCUUCUUUUCUCUUUCAGGGCUUCUGAGUGCCUCUCAACUUCCACAGUGAGUUUACUUACCACAUUUUAACUUCAGAUGUGGCUGUUAAAUAAAUAAAAUCAAAUGCUGGAUGUGGCAAAGGGAAAGAAAAUGUUUUCAUUGUAAUCUAUCUGGAAAGACUUGCUGUUGUAUUACUGUUCAUUGUUCUGUGCAUUGCUUCUUGUAAAAAUCACAUCUCUGUGCUGGGAUCAUGCUUGAUGUAUAUUGCUGGAGAAACUUUAGCAAAUGGAGUUUUGUAAUGAGUGUUUUACUUGUACAUGUUUUCGAACUCCAGAAGGCUUAAAAUAAAACUAUCUUAAUAUUGCUAGUCUAA